AUGGCUGAGGAUGCACAGAUGGCUCAAGCUUGCUUGGCAGCAUCAUCCUGCUCCACAGAAUUGGCCGAGCUCAGCGUCGCAAUUAGCAAAGAUUGCGUCUGUCGAGAGUGUUUGCGAGGGAAGGAGGCUCCCUCACCUCCAGAGCUCCGCACACUCCAUUAUUCAUACAUCAGGAGCAGGAAAUGGGAUGCGAGGCGACAUUUGAAAUUGGGACCCGACAUCUGCUGGUUCUCAGGCUGUGUAAUGCACACUCCAAUACCUGCCAAAGAUGGGAAUAUAUCCCCCGCCCACUCCGAAGGCGAAAAAUACCCUUCCCCAGUUCUGUGGGUUGCUUUCUCCCUGUAG